UACUCUGAGUUUGCAUAUUCCAGUUCCUCAUGCCUGCAGUGGGAGCCAGUAGUUUGCAUCGAUCAUAAAGUAACUGGUCUGUUUCACUCUCGGUACACUUCCUGAGGAUAUCACCCAUCAAGAAAACACAAAGAUCUGUGAAGAAAAUGGCCUGUAUAAGUGCAAAAAGUUGGGAGGAGUGGGACCUGUCAGGACAGAAACUGAAGUCUCUUCCUCGGGAUCUGCUGACACAUGCUAGGAGUGUGGAUUUGCAGAGGAACAAACUGAAACGGGUCAUUGGCAUCUCCAGAUUCACCCACCUGAUGGAGCUUAAUCUCUCCAGGAACAAGAUAAUGGAGUUUUCUCAGGAAAUGUGCUACCUGGACAAACUGGAGAUACUCUACAUGAACCAGAACAACAUCAGAGUCAUUCCAGAGGGAAUCUUCCCCCAUUUAAAAAUGCUAAAGUUUGUAAAACUCAGCACCAAUCGCUUGGCCAAGCUUCCUUCAGAUAUAAACCAGUGCACCAGCAUCACUUAUCUGGACCUUUCCAGGAACUGCCUGCAAAACAUCGAACCACUGAUCGGUCUCCCGAAAUUGAAGGAGCUUUUUGUUGAAAGGAACCGACUGACCGAGCUCCCAUUCCAGCUCUUCCAGGCCAGUAACUGCGAGCUGACUGUGUGUGAGGCCAAAGCCAACCCGCUGAGGUGCCCACCAGAGGAGGUCUGUGCUGGAGGGGUCGAGGACAUCCAGAGCUACUUCCGUCAAAUUGAGGAGAACCCAAACACAUGCAGUGCCUGGACGGUCAAGACCAUGUUCCUGGGAUCCUCCAUGGCGGGGAAGUCCACACUGUGCCGCAGCCUGAGAGAAGGGAAGCCCGUGGUGGUGGCAGUAAAGGACCGGACCGAGGGAAUUGAGAUCAGUCAACUGUACACCCAAAAAGUCCGUUUCUUUUUCUGGGACUUUGCAGGGCAGGAGGAGUACUACCUGACGCACCAUGUCUUCAUCACAUCACGAGCCCUCGUCAUCCUUACUGUUGAUUUAUCCAGUUACAGCAUUGAGAACCCGCAAUCCUUCAAAGACAAACUGUGGUUCUGGAUAAACAACAUCCAGUUGCGUGUGCCAGACUCGGUGGUCCUGCUGGUGGGAACACACUGCGACCAGUGCAGAGACCAGGAGGAGGUGAUGGAGAAGAAGACGGACAUCGAGGAGAAGGUCAAAACCAUGCUGGAAAACCGGAGGAUGGUUUUAAAACACCAGAAAAAAAACCUGGAAGAAAACACAGACCCCUCUCUCUUUGCAGACCAGGUGGAUGAGCUGGAUUGUCUUUUGGAAUACAAUUUGAAGGUUCUUGAUCUCUUGACUCUUGACUGCACAAAGAUUGAGGAUAUUGCAAAACUCAGAAGUCAUAUUUUGAUGUGCAUUCAGUCGGAAAGUGUGUUUCUGUGUUCUGAGAGUAUCUUACCAAAAAGCUAUGAAGAAGUGGAACAAGCUAUUUACACACUUGUUGCUUUAGAACAAGUUCCCCAGCAUGGUAUUGUUCUGAUUGACGAACUGAACGAUUUCAUUCUAAACCAUGUUAACCUGAGCAGAGACAGUCUCCAGUCCAUCUUGCGAUUCCUCUUGCGGUAUCUGCACCGGAUUGGGAUGAUCGUUUGGUACGAGGACAUCGAUGUGCUAAGUGACAGAGUGUUUAUCAAGCCUUCGUUCCUCAUCUCAAUUUUCAAGGGCAUUGUGAGACAUGACCUGGUGCAGCAUCUGGAGGGGGUCUCCAGAGACCUUCUCAUGCAGGAGGGGGCUCUGGUGAAACAAAAGUUCACCUGGGUGGAUGACCUGAGGUGCAGAGGGACCCUACACAAUGCAGCCAUGCGAAUCUUGGUCCGCAAAGAGUUAGAGAAACUGUUUGUGGACGAUGACGACUUGAUCAGAGAGGUGGUGGGAACCAAGAGGGAGGAAGGUGUGAUACUCACCCUGCUGCAGUAUUUUGAAGUCUGCCUCCCCACUCUUGUCGGAAGCCCCCUGAACCCCCAUGCUCUAGAGUCCAUCUCCGGUGUGAAGCAGUGGGAGUCAGGCAGGGAGGCCAAAAGAGAUCCAGAUGGCGCCUGUCUCUUCCCCAUGUACCUGAAGGACGACCGCAUAGUGUGCCACAAGUGGGGCGAGGACAAGCGAGACGACCUCAGUGUUCACAUCUACUUCCUGCCCGAGAUUCCUCACGGCUUCUUCCACAGAGUGACCAUCAAGACGUGCUCCUUGUUCACGACUCACUGGGCGGGCAGAGAGCAGAGUCUCCUCUGCUGUGGGAACAGGCUGGUUCUGGUCAGACAGAGGAAUAAAGAUGGAGAUCCGUUCAUAGAGAUCCGCUGCAGGAGACCUGAGAAGGAUGAGGAGUUUCGGCCGUUGUGGGAUCUGAUCUUGGCCGUGAUGUCCAAGCUGUUCGUGCUGUCGAGGCAGUGGCCAGGACUGACUCAGCAGGUGCACACUCCUUGUCCAGAGCGAGGCUGUCCACACUACUUCACCUGGAGGGACUGGCAGGAGCUCAGCAACACUAACCUAUACAACCUCGUGAAGGAGGAGAAAUUAGUGUGCCAGGGAGGCCAUACACGACGGACAGAGCUGAUCUUUCCAAAAGUUACUAGCCCUCUCCUCUCUGCUGUGGGAGCUCCUGCUGCCUUCAAGGUCUCCUCGUAA